GGACGCCAUUUGUUAUCGUGUUGGUAUUCCUGUCCGGAUCCCUGUUUAGUGACUUUUCAACAACCAAUUGCCACUUAUCAUCCACCAUUAUGCUAGCUUCUAUUGAAACCGUAAUUCAAACAAGUUAUUGUAUAUUAUUUUUUUAUCGAAAUGUGCUUUAAAAAGUCGUUUUGUUAAGAAAAACUUCGAUGAAACUCGUGUAAUAAACAUAAAGAGUGCAAAACUAUAGUGUUACGCCAGUGAUUUUGUGUGACAAAUACAAUCAUACGCCAAAAAAGCCGGGAUUUCAAAUAACAAAGUUACCAGGGUUGAAUAUAAAAUUCAUGCCUUGAGAAAAGUUAUAUCAAAUAAUUCGGAAUCCAUUACAGAUAAAAUGGAUUCAGAAGGUAAGGAUGAGCAAACUGUGGAUAAAUCUACUAGCAUAACAAAGACAAAUAUUGUGGAAAAUAAUCAAGUAACAAAACAUUCUAUUUUUGAAGCUUUAGAGCCACCAAAUGGCGAUAGAGAGGAGUUAUUGGAAGAAAUACAUGAAGCAGCCGGUGAGCUUGCACACAAUAUAAUUUCCGAUGCACAUUUAGAAUCAAAUAUAUUAGUUAUAGAAAAUCAAAAUAAUGAAAAUCUUGAAAGGGAUAGUGAGAUGAUGGAUCAUACAUCACUAGAAGUGAUCAGUGAACCAACUAACACACAAAGUGGCAGUAAAUAUGAUUCUACUGAAAGUGCUGUUUCAAAACCAAGCUCUACACCCACAAAUGAUGCUAGUGAAGUUACUUCUGAUUUAUUUGCUCAAAAUGAACAAAUGACAGCAGAACAUCAAACAAAAGAUGACGAUUGUACAAACAUACAAGAAGAUACUGAAAAUAGUUUUAAAAAUGCAAGUAUCGAUCAAAAUCUAGGAAGUGAAAAAGCCUUGGAAAGUACACAAGUUUUAGAAGUAAGUUCUGAUAUAUUUGCUGAAAAUGAAGAAAUCAUAGCAGAACAACAAACAAAAGAUGUCAAUUAUGCAAUAAUGCAAGAAGAUACUGGAGAUAGUUUUAAAAAUGCAAGAAUUGAUCAAAGUGAGAAAGCCUUGGAAAGUGUACAAGUUUUAGAAGUUAGCUCUGAUUUAUUUGCUCAAAAUGAACAAAUCAUAGCAGAACCUCAAACAGAACAACAAACAAAAGAUGACGAUUAUACAAAAAUACAAGAAGAUACUGAAAAUAGUUUAAAAAAUGCAAGAAUUGAUCAACAUCUAGAAAGUGAAAAAGUCUUGGAAAGUGCACAAGUUUUAUCAUCAACUGAUGAAAAUGUUGAUGCCAUUUCAAAUUCUAUUGUUUCAGGUAUAACAGAUAAAGUAGCAGAUGAAUUUAAUCCCGAAUUAUCAUCUGAAAUAAUUCAGGAAAGUAAAGAAAUUGAGAAAGACAAAGAUGUUGAAUUAGAUGAUGAACUAAAGGAUUUGGAACUGACAGGAUUACAAUCUGGUGAGUCAACUGAGCAAGUAGAUAAAGUCUCUAUGCCAUCUGAUCGGUUAGCCGUUCAAGAAGAAGAUAUUAACAUUGAAAAUCAAUUAGAAUCUCCCACUUCAAAAACAUUUGAUGAAAAAGGAGGUUCUAAACCUGAACUGCCUGCUUCUGAUAAUAGCAUACAGGCCGACAUAUCUGGCAAGAUUAAUGAUCGUUCCUCAGAUCAUUCUUUCAAUUUAGGAAGUGAAGAAAUGUGUGAAACUGAAUGCAUUGUUGCUAAAAAUAAUGAUCCACAAUCUAGUAUUCAAACUGAGCAAACACAGACUAUUGAUCCAAAGUCAUCUGCUAUUCAAAAUGAAAACCCAUGUAUAAAUGAUCCAGAAUGCAUUUCUCCCACAAUUGAAAGGUCAUGUGGAGUUGAUCCAAAAUCUAUCAACAAAAAUGCAGAACCUUGUGAGAAUUAUCCACAAUCUACUGCCACUAAGAUAUGUGAAGAUUCUUUACAAUGCACCGACACUGCAAAUGAAGACCCUUGUGAUCCAGAGUCCAGUACUUGUGCUACUCAGUUUGAACAAGUUAACUUGGAUGGAAUUGAACAGGAAAGUACUUCUGAUUUAAAUACUGUUGAAUCACCUGCACAUGAUGUACUUCAACCUAAUGAGGUGGCCUUGGAGGUGGCUGAUGAACCACUUGCCAUUCUGCCAGAUAGUGAAAGAGAAAUUACUCAGGCUGAAAAGGAAGCAGCAUCUUCUUUGCCUACUCUCAAAGAUAUUGCAGAAAAAGUGCAAAUUCCUGAUGUUGCUCUCCAAUCUGAAGAGAUCCAGGCUGAGGAUGGUGACAUAAAAAUAUAUGAAUAUGACAAGCAAGAUCAACAAGAUUGCUGCCAAUGCAAUGAGAAAAAAGUACCCCAAUAUCACCUUUCAAAUGAAGAUCACACAGCCAUUUAUAUUUGUGAUGCCACAUGCUUAGCUUCAUUCAAAAAAACUAAGACUACGAAAAAGAUCACUAUGCUCCCAGAUGACAGAGUGGAAUUAGGAGGUAACAAUUUCAGGGAAGCCUCUAUAAGUGAGAUCCCCCCUUUGGUUUUUAUAAGGAAAUGUUUCUGCUGCGGAAAAAAAACAGAUGAUAUUGAAAAUAAUUUAAAUUGGGAAAUAAUGGAUUUUUGUAAUGAAGUUUGCCUAUCAAAACAUCAAAAAGUCAUAGGUUCAACGUGUGUCAUUUGUCAAGUAGAUGUGAAACCUACGUCUCUUGGAAAAUAUUGUGUGAGGUUUGGAAAUGAUAUUCGUCAGUUUUGCUCUAGUCAUUGUCUUGAACAGUACAAAAAAGGUCUUAAAGUCUGUUCAUACUGUCAGCAAGAUAUGUCACAGAACCCAAAUGGGUUUUUGGCCCCUGUUGGUGAGAAAGGACAGUUUAAAGAUUUUUGUUCCAAGAUUUGCAUGGAAAAAUAUGACAUAAUGACUAAUGACAAGCCUCCUAAAGUUGAACCUGGAACAAAAUGUUCAGUUUGUAGUGUAGAAAAAAUAUCAAAGGAAUUUGAAUAUGAUGAACGUUCAAACUACUUUUGCGGGGAACCCUGUUUUGUUGCAUUUACAUUUGUCAAUAAAAUAUCACCUGAAAAAUGUGUUAUGUGCAAAAGGCAUUUUAGUAAGUCUGUUCUAGAAAAACACACAAUGUAUUAUGAUAAUGUUCAAUACAGUUUUUGCUCCAACAGCUGUGAAAACAUUUAUAUAAUUGCAAAUAGAAAAAUUGUCCCUUGUCUCUGGUGCAAAGUGAAGAAGUACAAUUUUGAUAUGAUAAAAAAAUAUUCUAAAACUGAGCCUGUAAUUAAUGUGUGCAGUCUUAACUGCCUCCAUAUGUAUAAAAUAUCUUUAAAAGCUAGGGAUGCAAUACCAAGUCCAUGUACUUUGUGUAAAAAAGAAGGAGGUCCACCAUAUUAUUUAACCAUGUCAGAUGCAAGCCUAUUAAAUUUUUGCUCUUAUGGAUGUGUUUUGGCUUUCCAAAAUCAGGGAACAAAAAAAGUUUCAAACAAAAAAGGAAAAGAGACUGCUAGAAAAAGUAAAAAACUAUCUACUUCUGACGAUGGUUUGACUGAUAGCAUAACUAAACUUCCUGUUAUAUCAAACGUUCAAAGUUUGGCCAGCACAAAUGGACCGAUUACUCCGCCUCAACUCCAUACCCCUAUUAAACCGAGAUCAUCAACCAGAAUCACUAGAUCAAAAGCGGCUACAUCUUCAUCUACAGCUACAUCUUCGUCUACAGCUACUUCUUCGUCUAUAGCGACUGCAACCGUACAAAGUAUUGAUUUACCAGUUCAAGUACAAGUGAAGCAACAUUAUAUUGUGAAAACAAAAUCUAAUCCGGAACAGAGAAAUGUUGCUGUGAUGUGUCAACCUAGGAAAGCUGUUAAAUCGGUACAAACAACUCCAGUAAUGAAAGAUGCAAGUGUACAAACCCAAAUAGAUGACAUAAAUAAAAUGUUGUUACCCGUCCCUGUACCCAUUUACGUUCCUGCGCCAUGUCACAUGUAUUCAACUCCAGUACCAUUUCCUGUACCUUUUCCCUUACCAGUACCUAUUCCAAUUUUCAUACCAACUACAAGAAACAGUGCUGCGGGUAUUAUGAAGGAAAUUAAAAAAAUUCAAGUCAAGAUCCCAACAGAUCCUUAUGAAGCAGAGCUUUUAAUGAUGGCUGAAAUGGUAGCAGGAGAAAAAAAAGAAGAUCACACAGAUUCGGAAAGCGAUAUUGAUGAGGAUACAGGAGAUGCUGGUGAUUAUAGUCCUGAACCGGUUGAUGCUAAUAAUACAUUUGGUGAUGACAUGCUUCAGAUGGCUUUGAAGAUGGCUACUGAACUCGAUGAACCUGCUGUGGACCUUGAAGGAGCACUUACUGCCAGUACUAUUACAGCUCCACAAGGUGCCCAUCCAGUAGAACCACAUCCUCAAGAAGAGAACGUGGAUGACCCUCAGCCUAUCCUUGCUCAUAAUAUGGUCGAAAAAUCUGCAUCGCGGGGAAGGAAACGAGGAGUGAGAGGAGCUCCUCGCGGUGCUCCAAAACGGGGCAGAAGAAUGUCUCAUCACCAAGUUGACAUACCUCUGAUGCAACCGGUUCAACCUCCACCACCUCCAGAACCCCAAGAAAAACCAGAUGCUAAUAUGUGUCUUAAGUAUACUUUUGGUGUAAAUGCUUGGAAGCAGUGGGUUACAACAAAAAAUGCAGAAUUGGAAAAAUCUACUAGACGAGUGAAACUUUUUAAAACCGAAAUUCUUCAGUUAACCGCAGACGAAUUAAACUAUUCCCUUUGUUUGUUUGUCAAAGAAGUUCGAAAACCCAACGGUCAAGAAUAUGCCCCCGAUACAAUAUAUUACUUGUGUUUGGGCAUACAACAAUAUCUAUUUGAGAAUGGUAGAAUUGAUAAUAUAUUUUGUGAUCCGUAUUAUGAAAAAUUCACUGACUGUUUGGACGAAGUAGCUAAGAAAUUCUCCGUUUUAUAUAAUGAUUCACAUUAUAUUGUUACUAGAGUGGAAGAGGAACAUCUAUGGGAGAGUAAGCAACUAGGAGCUCAUUCUCCACAUGUUCUCUUAAGCACAUUAAUGUUCUUCAAUACAAAACACUUUAAUUUAACAUCGGUAGAUGAACACAUGCAACUAUCCUUUUCUCAUAUUAUGAAACAUUGGAAGAGAAAUCCGAAUCAGCCAGGUGCCAGUAAAGUUCCAGGUUCUAGAAAUGUGUUGUUGAGGUUUUAUCCGCCGCAAUCUGCCUUGCAAAACAAUCAACGAAAAAAAAAAGUUUAUGAGCAACAGGAAAAUGAAGAAAACCCCCUAAGAUGUCCUGUAAAACUUUAUGAAUUUUAUUUAUCAAAAUGUCCUGAAAGUGUGAAAACAAGAAACGACGUAUUUUAUCUUCAACCAGAACGAUCGUGUGUGCCUGACAGCCCCGUGUGGUAUUCGACGAUGCCACUGCCAAGAGAAGCACUUGAAAAAAUGUUACACCGAGUAAAGAUGGUUAAAGAAAUCAAUGUGGCUUUGCUUACCACUUGAAUAUUUUGUUUAUAUCAAGCAGUUAAUACCGAAUUUUACAAAAAUAUGUUAUCGCAGAAGAAAGUCACUUUUCGGAUAAAGUUUUUUUUAAUAUCAAAAGUUAGGGAAUUUGUUUUUGAAACAAAGCUAACCUUUUCGGUAAUAAUUAUCCUUUCUUACGAAAUGUUGAAAUUUUCACGGCAAUACGUUAAUUUUCUAAAAAGAUCUAGGAAAAUUGAUAGAUCUGUGCACGUUCUAGACUUUUCUUAGCUGUUUCUUUAUUAUUUCUUUUUAUUGUGAUAUAAAACACCCGCCUUCUUCCCAAAUAUGAAAAGUACAUUUUUGUAAUAUUACUAGUGCUGGACAAAUGAAGUGAAUACUUUAUCUAGAUUGAUUGAUUGCCAUCAAUUUUUGGAAAUCGCGAUAAGAUUUUUUAUUGUCGAAAUAUUUGCAGCUCAAACUUGGUUAAUAUGUAAUAGUUCAAGUUUCCAGCAGUUUGUAUAAAAGUUUUUGACAUGAGUGUCAUUUGGAAUAUUUAGUUCAUACAUAGCUAUGUGACCAUUUGGGAAAAGUUAUUUAUGUCAUUAGGCCAAGAAGUGCUUCUUUGCCUAAUGACAUAAUUAUUUUCUCUUAACAUAGGUGCUAGUGCUUGAAAUCAAAAGGCUGAAUAGUCUAUUAAUUUUUGUGAAAAAUAUAACUCAUACAAUAAUUUCAACAGUUCCCUAACUUUUGAUUUGCAGUCUAUUGUUAACUUUGAAAGCUGCUUAUGGUCCAAAUAAAUAAAAUCGUGGGAAGUUCAACACUCCUAAUGAUGAAAACAAAAAUAAUUUGAAAAUAAUAUUUCAAAGAUUCCACUGAAAAAGUGUAUUUUCAGUACUCUGAUCUAGCCAAAAGCAACUUCUUUUUAUUUUAUUUUUUGUGAUAUCUGGCACUGUAUGUUUUAAUUAUAAGAUAUCAAUAUUGUAUUACUAUUAUUAUUAUUGUGUUAUUAAUAAUUGAAUUUAACAUUAUAAUUUAAGAGCUAGCAAGCAGUUUUUGAAUUUGUGUUUACUUACUUUUGUUUGUGUGACCUGCUACUACAAAAAAUAAGGCUUCCAUUUCCUGUGACCCCGAGAAGGACACGAAAAGCAAAAAACCUACUGGCUAUUUUUGAAAUCCUCUGGUACUUAUAGGGGGUGACUAUAUCUUUUUUUUUAAAUAUAAACAAAUGAAAUUUAGUAUCAUAAAUAAGUAGGCGAUAGGCGACGUAUUCUAUUUCUUCAAAUGGAACUAGGGUGAGGCAUUAGCAUAUUCGUAAAGCGCCUUCUAUUACUGACAAGAUGAUACCCCAUGUCUCUCAGUUGAGUGACAGAAAACGUCAAAAUACAUCAAAAAAUGCAUAUUUAUGUAAUCAACUUAUGUACCGAAUUUCAUUUGUUAAAAAACAAAAAGUUUAUUGUUUUACCCAAUGUCUAUUUCGUGUAAAUUAACGAUAGUUUUGCCUGCUAGUUUGUUAUUGUGUAAGUUUUCAAAAAUUUCUCAUCCUUUUUGGGGACUUCUAGGAGCCACCAAUAGUAGUAAGACUAAUAUGAAUUUGAAAUAAUAUAAUUAAAAAAUGUAAUGCAUCUUGAGAUACCUAUUAAUAUUUACUUUUAUAUUGUUGAUAUUAUUUUUGUAUUUUAUUUGAUUAUGUCUUCCUUUUUUGGAUAACGAACUUUAUACACAUUUUUGCUUGCGCCAAGAAAGAUAAUAAUAUAGUAAUUUCUAUAUGAUAAUGUCAAUUGGUUUUAUAUUGGUUGUUUUAUAAAAUUAAACAAUUUACAUUACGAAUAUAUAGGUGCUCGAAGUGACUAGCUACAUGCGAUAAAAUUCGGCGUUUUUGCCCAGUAAUCACCUUUUUGGCUAAAAGUAGUUUUGGGGAACUAUGUUGUGAUUUAUGUAAAAAAGCCCAGCCAAGUACCGCAUGGUGUCAAGUGGGUAGUAUACCUACUAUUUAUAAAUCAAUCGCAGCAAUUUUCAGUCCUCGGGUUUACCAGGGUCAUGAAGCAACUCCAAGAGAGGGCCACGUUGGGGUCAUUGAUUUCAAUAUUUAUAAUCAUUGUCCACAUUUUUUUGAACAGCGUCCUCUUUGUUUACUGUUCUUCAACUUCUAAGGGUUAGAAAUUGCUGACGAUAAUUUCUGGUACUGUUUGCAUAACACCACAUCAUAAAAAUGUAUUGAUUAUAAAUUCUUGUGUAUAUACGUAUUCUCCUACAACAAUUGGGAUAAUUUGAAAAUUAUUUUUUUUAUUGUAAUUUCAGUAAUGAAAAUAUAAAACGCAUUAGUUAGGUAUAGGUUUAGUUUCCAUUUAU